UUUUUCCCCUCCCAUGUUGAAGCUUUUAUUCUAAGUGGGCAGUUUGGCAUAUCGGCCUCUAAGGGGCGCUGUUACAUGGUAAAUGGAUGUGUUGGCGCUGUGUGAUGCAGUGCAGCUCCCUCCUCUGUCGCUGCCAUUUGGCACCAGAGAGCUUUGCGUGAACAACGUACAAUCGUUGAGCUCAGAUAACGCGCAUCUGAUUGCGCCUGCUUUGGUUCUGUCGUUUUUUCGAUUGCUUGACUUUCUUGGAAUAUUGUAAAUUUUCAUAUGGAGGCGAAAAACAUUCAUCCGAGCCGAGGAGGAAUGCGAUGGCGACGCGCGGCCUGCCUCUUUGUCUUUUGGUGUUUUUUUCUCAACGCAACCGAGGCCCAAAUCCGCUACUCGAUCCCCGAGGAGAUGAAAAAAGGCUCGCUCGUCGGAAAUGUGGCCCAAGAUCUCGGUUUGGAUCUGAAAAGACUCCGUUCUGGGCGGGCCCGCAUCGUGACCGGGGAGAACGUCCAGUACGCCGAGCUGAGGGCGGACAAAGGGCUCCUGGUUGUCCGUGAGAGGAUAGAUCGAGAACAGCUGUGUGGAGACGUGACGCCGUGCAGCUUCACCUUCGAGAUUUUGUUGGAAAACCCCAUGGAAUUGCACCCGGUCACCAUCGAAGUGUUGGACGUCAACGACAACGCGCCCACUUUUAAAAAUAAUUAUUUGCAAUUUGAAAUGAGCGAAUUGGCUGCACUUGGCUCCCGUUUUGUUCUGGAGAGUCCGUAUGAUGCUGACGUGGGUACAAACGGCGUGCAGAGUUACGUUUUAACACCGAGUGAUCAUUUUGUGUUGAAGCAACACGUCAGUCCGGGAGGAAGUAAACAUGCAGAAAUGGUCCUGCAGAAAGCCUUAGACAGAGAACAGCAGCCGCGACUUUCCCUUAAAUUAGUGGCUGUGGACGGUGGGAAUCCACAGAGGUCAGGUACGGUAAAUAUUGAAAUUAAUAUUUUAGACAUAAAUGAUAAUGUUCCUGUGUUUAAUCAAACCGUUUACAAAGCAAAAGUGACUGAAAAUGCAGCAAAAGGCACUCACGUUCUGACUGUGAAUGCCACUGAUGCCGAUAGCGGUUCAAAUGGGAAAGUCACAUACUCGUUUUCAAAAUCAAAUGCAGAAAUCGCAGAUUUGUUUCAUAUCGAUGAGCUGACAGGAUGCAUUUCGGUUGUAAACCAAAUUGAUUAUGAAAAAGACAAAACGAUCGAGUUCAUGGUUGACGCCAAAGAUCAAGGAGGACUGAGUGAGUCCACCAAAGUGGAAAUCGAAGUCCUGGAUUUGAAUGAUAACGUCCCCGUCCUCAACGUGAUGUCCUUCACGAGUCCGGUUUCAGAAGACUCCCCGGCUGGUACCACGAUUGGUAUCAUGAACGUGAAAGACCAGGAUUCUGGCGAAAACGGUCACGUGAGGUGCGCCAUCCAAGGCCGCGUUCCAUUUCGCAUGAAAUCCAACGUGCGAAAUUAUUUUGCCUUGGUGACCGAUGCCGAUUUCGAUCGCGAAAGCGUGUCCGAAUAUAACAUCACGGUCGUCGCGUCGGACGCCGGCUCGCCUCCCCUCUCCGCCGAGAGAACUUUUCAUUUGAAAGUUUCCGACGUGAACGACAACGCUCCUGUGUUUGCCGUCAGCUUUUAUCGUGCCGACCUCGCCGAAAACAACUCGCCGGGUGUUUCCGUGCUGAGAGUGAGCGCCAAAGACCCAGAUGAAAACCAGAACGCUCGUGUCUCUUACAUGUUGGAGCAGGGCGAGAUCGGGGGAACUCCGAUUGCCUCGUUUGUGUCCGUGAACGCCCAAAGCGGCGUCGUCAGCGCCGUGCGCUCCUUCGACUACGAGCGGAUGAAGCGGCUGGACUUUGCGGUGCGAGCGCAGGACGGAGGCUCCCCUCCUCUCUGCGGCAACGUGAGCGUGGGCAUCCUGAUCCGGGACCAGAACGACAACGCCCCUCAGGUCCUGUACCCGGUCCCGCCGCACGCCGAAACGGUGCCUCGUUCGGCAGACGCGGGCUAUCUGGUGACUAAAGUGGUGGCCGUGGACGUGGACUCCGGACAGAACGCCUGGCUCUCCUAUAAAGUGCAGCACAAAUUUGCCACAGACAGGGGGGCGCUGUUUGAAGUGGGCCUCCACAAUGGAGAAAUGCGAACUGUCCGCCGAGUGACCGAUAAAGACGCCGUCAAACAAAGACUGACCGUCGUCGUGGAGGACAACGGGCGGCCCUCUCGUUCGGCCACGGUGGCGGUGAACGUGGCGCUGGCGGACGGCUUCCCCGAAGUGCCGAGGUCGGAGUUCGCCGACGACUUUAGCGAGGACGACGACGACCGGCUGACUUUUUACUUGGUCUCGGCUCUGGCUGCGGUCUCCUUCCUCUUCGUCGCCUCUUUGCUGCUUAUCGUAUCGCUCAAGGUGUACAGGUGGAGACGGUCUCGCGUCCCGUACCGCUCCGACCUCCCCGUCAUUCCGUAUUACCCGCCGCGCUACUGCGACACGUUGGGGACGGCGGGGACGCUCCCGCACGUCUACAGUUACGAGGCGUGCGCCGCCGCCAAAGGUCACGUGACGAACACGCAAGCCGUGAGUCAAAGUUUAGUGAGCGUGGACGGAGCGGACGCCGACGUGCCGCGCGGCGGCGAGCAGACGUCGGGGAACUGCUCUCGGAUGUCGACUCUGGUGAGUCAAAUCAGUACAUUUGUAUGAAUGUUGAUUGUUGUCAGUUGAUUUGAAAUUGAUACAUAUUUUAAAGUCAUUGCGUGUCUCUUACAGUCUUGUAUUCAGUAUCUUUAAGCAAUACUUGAGUAUAAGUAUACAGAAAAUAUUUUACUGGAAGUUCGUCACCUUAAAAAUAUUCAAGAAUAGUCUUGAGUAAAAGUUUAAUCUUUGACGUAAAACCGCAUGCUCCUUAUUGUCUCGAAUGUAAUUUUCUGAUCUUCGAUGUGACCGUUCAUGGCGAUUGGAAGCAGUGGCAUCAUUCGGCCUAUUUUAAUCUGAAAUGUUCUUUCGUCACCCUCAAUGAUUUUGAGUUUUGAGUUUUUAUGAAUUAUUUUUUUAUUUAAAAGGUAUUUUUAUCUGGCUGUCACCAUUGAAUCUUUUUCACAUGGAUUAUUGGCCAACUUGUCGAAUAAUCAUCGCCCUGCCCCCUUCCCCAAACGGAUCAAUUUCGUUCUUUUUUUUGACUAACAUGCAUUUCAUUCUCAUUUAUGACUUCGCUCCUUAAACUGCAUAUGUUGGUACUGAGUACAUGGUAUAAAUUUGGUUACAGAAUUGGAGCAAUUUUAGCAAAAUGUUAAAUGCUUAGCAAUCGCGAUUAGCAUCAUCAUGCCAAUUACCAUUUUACGUCCAAAAACACUAGCGACCAAUCAGCUCACUCAUAAAUCAUGUCAUAUGUCCCUUACGCAUCGAACAGUGUCUUCGAAAUCGCUUCCAGGCGCUCCUCUGUCGUUCUGUGGCAAAGUUCAUCAGUGGCCUGACACUGUGUCCAUCUGCAGUCAAUGUCCAUGUGAAACAUGAGUUCUUGCGGCGCAAACAUAAUUUAGAGGGGAACUUUCUUGGUUUUAUUUUUUGGGGCCAGACGGAACUUCGAGGCAGUAAUUUUGCAUCAACCGAUUUUUAAGUGGACUUAGCCGAGUUAAUUCAUUUUUUCCCCCCACCGCCCAACUCGCACUGCACCCGCCGACCCUUAUGGCCCCUCCCACAGGUGGUGAGCCCAUGGGAAGGGGGACCCACGUUACCCUUUCGGGCUCGGCCCGGCCACCGGGCGCUCGCCUUCGAGCCCCGCCUCCGGUCCCGGCUCCAGAGGGGGUCCCCGGUGACCCGCGUCCGGGCAAGGGAAACCUCGAUCCGUUCAACGUAUUCUUCAUACGUAUUCUUCUUGACCCUACCGGGGGCUCGAAGCCCCAGACAACUUAGCUCCUGGGAUCAUUGGGACACACAAACCCCUCCGCCACGAUAAGGUGACGGCUUCCAGCAGGGGUGUUAUAAUGAUAAUGAAUAUGAAAUAUUUUAAUCACUUCUCCACACAUAUUGAAGUGUCGGAGUCCUGACGAAUGAGUUGAGGGAACGACAAGGCUCACUUCAGCAUCCGAGUCACCUCACAGUGAUAUACCAAUUUUCCACCUUUAAAACAGAUGGCAUUCGUUGAUGCUUCCGCCCACCAAGUAGCUGGCAAUUGCAGCUGUUGAUUUGAUUUUGAUUUCAUUGUUAAUCCAUCCGUCCGUCCGCUCCGUACCGCUUAUCCUCACGGGGGACGUGGGCGUGCUGGAGCCUGUCCCAGCUAUCUUCAGGCGAGAGGUGGAGUACACCCUCAACUGGUCGCCACCCAAUCGCAGGGCACAUCGAAACAAACGACCAUUCCCGCUCACAUUCACACCUGCGGGCAAUUCAAGUCUUCAAUUAACCUGCCAUGUAUCUUUUUGGGAUGUGGGAGGCAACCGGAGUACCCGGAGAAAACCCACGCAGGCACGGGGAGAUCAUGCAAACUCCACACAGGCGAGGACGGAUUUGAACCCGGGUCCUCAGUACUGUGAGGCGGCUGUGCUCGUCAGUAGGAAAUUGUUCUCUGUAAUUUUUUUGUUCAUAGAACAUGCCCCCCCCCCCCCCCC